AUGAAGUGCGUAGUGUUCUCGUUGGUGGCCAUCUUUGUUGCACUGAGCGCAGCCGACUAUCACCAGCAUCACCACCACGGUGGACAUCAUGAAACGAUCCAUCCCGGCCCGGCGGAAGUGCUGACGUAUCCGGGAAAGGUUCCAUUGCCGCCGUGCGGUACGGUGUACCUGUUGAGCUGUAACAAGAACUCGAAGGUAGUGCCAUGCACCCCGGAGAAGGAGCAUUACCAUCAUGCCCCUGCAAAGGAGCAUUACCAUCAUGCCCCGGCUCCUGCAUAUCAUCAUGCCCCUGCAAAGGAGGAUUACCAUCAUGCCCCGGCUCCUGCAUAUCAUCAUGCCCCGGCAAAGGAGCAUUAUCAUCAUGCCCCUGCCAAGUACUAG